AUGGCCACCAAAGCCGACGAUAUUCUGCGGCGUCCGCUCUACGUCUACGAUCUGCCUGGUACAGUCUUGGAGAGCCUGACUCUCAAGGCGGAUUCAGAUAGCACACAGAUCGCGGACGAAGAAAUCACCCGUACACCAAACGAAAAGAGCCCCGAUGCCUCCACAGAAAACCUCGUCGGAUCGCAAUCAUGUUCCCUUUGCGCCUUGCAAUUCACGUCGCUACAGGACCAGCGAAGCCACCUCAAGUCCGACUUCCACAACUACAAUUUGAAGCAGAAGAUGCGGAAUCGAACACCAGUUUCGGAGGUCGAAUUCGAAAAGUUGAUAGGAGACCUUGAAGAGUCUCUUUCUGGGUCGGAUUCAGAGGAUUCGGACGAAGAAGAGGACGAUGGGCAACAAGAUUCCACUUUGACGGCGUUGCUCAAGAGACAGGCUAGACUGGCUGAUAGACAAGGAGAUGGCGAUGGAGAGGAAACUCCCGAGGAAUCAAGUAGUAGCAGACGAAACCGUGGCAAACCGCCCUUGAUUUGGUUCAGCUCACCUGUCCUACCGGAGAACCACUACUUUGGACUUUACCGCGCCAUUUUAACAGGGGAAGAUCAAAGACAUUCUGACCUCGUCAAUGUUCUACGAAAGAAGCAAGUUGAGCCAAUUUCAAUACCGAAGCCAGCCAAAGAUGGGACGCUACCGCCCAUCGCAUACAAGGGACCUCACAUCUUUCUAUGCAUGAUUGGAGGCGGGCAUUUUGCCGCCAUGAUCGUUUCCCUCGCCCCAAGAGCCGCAAAAGGAAGUACCACUAUGAAUCGGGAGGCUACUGUACUGGCUCACAAGACGUUCCAUCGAUAUACCACUCGAAGGAAGCAGGGUGGUUCACAAUCUGCAAACGAUAAUGCCAAGGGGGCGGCUCACUCGGCUGGUUCCACGUUGCGACGAUACAACGAACAGGCCCUGGUGGAUGAUGUGAGGGCACUACUGCGCGACUGGAAAGCGUUACUGGACACAUCAGAGCUAUUAUUCAUUCGAGCAACUGGCGUCACGAAUCGAAGAACGCUCUUCGGGCCGUAUGAGGGACAAGUCUUGCAGCACAACGAUACCAGGCUGCGUGGAUUUCCAUUCAGCACAAGGCGUGCCACACAAAAUGAACUCAUGAGGUCCUUUAUCGAGUUAACCCGGCUCAAGGUCAGGGAAAUCGACCCAGCCAAGGAGGUAAAGGAGACGCAGCCACAGGCCGUCCCUAAAUCUGCUAGCCCCAAACCAUCUAAACCGAAGCUAUCGGAGGAGGAAGAGACAGCUCUCCUACACACAUCACAACUACAAGCCUUUAUCCGACGAUCAAAACUACCCGCCCUACUAUCCUACCUCUCCAAUAACAACCUCACAGCGGACUUUGAGUUCCGACCUACAGAGCAGAACUACCACGCUCCACGACCUCUUCACCUUGCAGCCUCGCAAAAUUCAGCACCCCUUGUUCUCGGUCUUCUUACUCGCGGCGGCGCAGACCCGACCAUCAAAAAUGGCGAGUGCAAAACACCCUUCGAGCUAGCCGGCGACAGAAGCACUCGUGAUGCAUUCCGUGUGUCUCGUUCGGAACUAGGAGAAAGCAAGUGGCCCUGGGAUGCGGCCAGAGUUCCAGCAGCAAUGACAAAGGCCGAGGCUGAUCGUAGAGAAGAUCGUGAAAAGUCAGAAGCAGAUAAGAAGGAAACUGAGAGGAGAAGGGCCGAAGAGGAGCGGCUACGAACCGAGGGACCUCAGGUAGUUGAUAAAAAGCCCAAGGGAAAUACUUUGGGCUCUAGUAUGGCCAAGACGCCGCAGGAGAAAAGGGAGGAGGAGGCGAGGGGGUUGACGCCAGAAAUGAGGAUGAAGUUGGAGCGGGAGCGGAGGGCGAGGGCUGCGGAAGAGCGGCUUCGCAGGAUGAAGGACUCGUAG